CAAUAGCUUUGUCAAAAACGAAAACAAAGCCAAGGCGAAGGAUAUUGAUGCACGAGACAAGGCAGCACCCAUCAUAAUUUCAACGGAAGUCAGCACAAUAGGUAACAAAUUCGAUCCGAGAUCUCUUUUAUUUUCGGGAACAACUAAUCCGGAAGCUUAUCUCGAAUGGGAGAAGCGGAUGGAAGAAAUUUUUGAAGAUUAUAAAGGGACAGAGCUUAGAAAGGUGCAAUAUGCCGAAAGCCAACUCAUAGGAGAUGCUUUCACUUGGUGGAAAAGAGAAGAGAUCGAUCGACGACGUGCGCGUUAUGAUCCGGUCACAACUUGGAAGAAGAUGAAAAUCUUGAUGCGUAGAAGGUAUGUUCCUCAACAUUUUCUACGUGAAUUGCGAUAUAAGUUUCGUAACAUAGUGCAGGGAAAGAAGACGGUUGAGGGCUACUUCAGAGAAUUUGAACAACUCCUUGCUUACUUGAGAAUCGACGACAAUGAAGAAGAUCUCAUGGCACACUUUCUAGAGGGCUUGAAAGACCGAAUCGCUAGAAAGGUAAACCCACACGUAUAUCGUGACUUGAGACAUCUUGUACAUACGGCAAUUCAAGUAGAGCGACAAAUGAACAAGAAGCUGUCAAAGAAUGGGUGCCAACGAACGCCAACGCCAAUGCGUAUACCCGAAAAACUUUCCAAUACCGGAGACCCAAUGAAGGCGCAAAAUCUUGAUGCUCGAAAGGACGAAACUAUCUUAUAUAAAAGAGAAGUCCACACACGAGGUAACAAAACUUCUUCCUCGUGUACUUAUUUUACUUCUGAGGUUCCGUGUUCGGAGUGUAGGAACCAAAGUCAUUUGCCCAGUGGAAGUUCCAUCCGACAAGAGGUGAGCAUCAAGGAUAACGGGGCAUAUCACUCAAUCGCGUUGGCUGUGGGGAGGCACCUUGAGGAUGAUUUCGAAGUUCCAUCUGACAAGGAGACCAAGAGCGUGACCGAAAAGAAAGAAACGGUCGAGAAUCCCGGCUUUGUGACGGAAACAAAACCCAAAAGUUUGGCAAAUGUGAGUGAAGAGCGGCAAUAUGUCAAGGAGAAUGCAUUCGUAGUCACGAGUAACAAGAAGGAAUAUGAUGCCAAAGAAAGCGAGGAUGAGAAGCCGAAGGAAAACGUACUUGAAAAGUCCAAGGCAAUAUUGGUGAAAAUCUGCAAGGACAUCAUUGAGGAUUCCAACAACAAGAAAGCGACGAAAAGCAAUGAUGAGGCCGAUAAAUUGGAGAAUGUGAUAGUAGGCGAGAACUUGAACGAAGUCAAACGGGACAUAGGAAUGAUACGAUUGGAUUGGUUUGAGCAAAUAGAAGUCACAUCCAAGAAGGAAAUCGAUGGCGUCAAGGUUGUGAGCAAGCCUUUGACGAUGCUCGAUGACACCUCUAACAACCGCACUUGCAUCAUAAGUCAAAAACUUGGAGCAACCGGUAAUUUUGUUCCUACUUUUAUUCUUGUGUAUGAUUCAUGUUUUGAUGAGUAUGUUAUGAAUCUUGAGCAACAAAUGCGAACUUUCCAAACGGAUUAUCUCUAUAAAGUUCUCAAGGGAUGCACAUACUACACUAACGAGAUUGUUGUUCUAGAUCUUGUUAAUUGCUCGCAAGUACUAGAUUUUCAUGAAAGGGUCAAAGAAGUGCACAAAGAGGCAGCUACGUGCAUUUUCCAAGCUCAAAUUCUGCAUGUCGUGAGUAUCCCGUGCCAACAACUCAAUGGGCACCCAAACAGCAUGUUCACUUUAAUGCCCAUGGCACCAAAGAAGGACGCACCAUUCGAACGGGGAAAGUGCACAAAUGUGGAGAACUUGAUCCGCCAUUACAACGCCACCAAGACUCGAACACACAUAUGGGUCGUGUUCCUUACUCCAAGAGCCUUACGCGGUAACUUCGUUCUAAUCUUUAUUCUUAUUUAUGAUCAUUGUUUUUAUGAACAUCUUGCGCAUCUUGAGCUACUAAAUGGUAUGUCUCAAAAGAAACAAUUCAAUGAGAGCACAAGCUGCACUAACAUGUUUGUUUCCUACACUCCGAACACGGAACCUCAGAAGUAA